AUGGUUGUCUGUGAUCUCAUGGAUAAAUUAAAGCCUCCUUAUCGCGGAUCUGGCAUAGAUACAAUCGCCAAGAAGAAUGUGGCCCGCAUCUUGUCAAGGCUACUGUCCAGCACGUUUAAGAAAUUGCUUAGUGAAGUCCCAGCACGCUCGAUCGCGAUCAUGAUUUUGUCUAUAGAAAGUCAGUCUUUUGUUACGAUUUCCAAAUUCUACUCUCAAGACCUCAACAUCAGCUUAUCCUUACGAAAGAAAUAG